AUGGUUGGGGAACAAAAAAAUAAAGGAACGGAACAUCUCCGAAGCAAUGUCGGUAUUGAGUAUUCCGCGUCAAAAUCGUUUCGCGCAUUGGAUCCAUCUGACAUAGCACAUUUACAACGUGUUUAUCCAGAAAUUGUUGAUGAAUUGAAAGAUUCCUUUUCUCGUCUUAAAACGGCUGAUGUCGACUGGCGUUGUGUCAAAAGCGAAGAACGUCGUUUAUUAAGUUGUUUAUCUUCAUUUAUUCCUUUGGUUUCUGUGCGUAACUCCAUUUUCUUGCUGCGUGGAUUAAAUCCAAGUUUAUUUUCUUUGUUAUUUGAAAUACUUCCAAUUGACGAUUUGUGGAUUGUCAAUAAUUCGGCCAACACUCAUUUUGCUUUAUUACGUCUCACGUUUACUUAUGCACAAACUCAUGAUCAGUUUCUUUCGAGUAGUGAACUUUUACAAAAUGGGCAUUCUGUUGGAGAUAAUUCUGCUCAAAUGGGUGUUGUUUCUUCUCCUUCAAAAUCUUCUUCUUCGUCUACUGAUCAAUUAACAAAUAAAUAUUUUGGUCAAAUUUUAGUCAAGAUUUCUUCUCUUUUGAAUCUUUUUGAAUUGUUAGAUGCCCGAACACAAUCUUUGGUUAUUAGUUGGCUUUUGAAAUUAACUUCUGGAAUUUCUGAUCAAUUUAGAGCUGUGAAAGAGCUUAAAACAGUUUUUACAUUACGUUCUUCAAUGCUUAAUACAUUUUUUAAAUUACACAAAUUUAAAUCACCAGAACAACGAAAACUUUUUCUUCGUUGUAUGUAUAAAAUGCAAACUUUUAAUUUACUUCAACAAGACGAUCAAAGAAGCCGCCAAUUACGCAAUAAUUUUAUUAAAGUAUUUUUGCAGAAUGCUUCAAAAUUAAGUUCUGAACAUUUUCGAAUUUUAUGGACAAGGACGCCUUUUACAUUUUUGAUUAAAUUAUUUGGUUUAAUUGAAUAUAACCAACAACAAUUUUUAUUAAAUGGACAACCUCAAUUAGACAAUUUCGAAAAUUUAGAAAUUCGCCAACAACAAAAUUUAGGACAACCAUUAAUGGAAAUAUAUGAAUUUAAUUUAAUUGCAAAUUUUCUUUUUAAUCAAAAAUGUAUUGGAAUUGAAAUUGAAGAAUUAACAAUCUCCAAAGAUUGGAUUCAAUCUUCAUCUGAAUUUUUGCGUGAAAAUUUGAUUCAAUCAACUAAAAAUUCAAAAAAUGUUUUGUCUUUGUCAUCUGAACAGUCUAAACAACCGUCACCUUCAAUAUUAAAAGAUUGGAAUUUUAUAAUUGGGCAUUUUGCACUUUAUUGUAUUGCAAAUAGAAUGCGCACUCCUGUUGGUAGCAAUCCUCUAGAAACUUUUACAAAAUUUGAAAAUGAGUUGCGUUCUCUUUUUGCUUCAAUAUUGCUUCGUAAACCACAAGACUUUAAUAAAAAGCAAUCACCAGGAGUUGAUGAAAAUUGGAGAAAUGAUGCGAAACCUUCUGAAAAUACCGAAAAAAGAGGUUUUCCCAUUUUUCCUAAUUUUUUCAUUUCUAAAUUUCUUUUAAUAGUUCUGCGUUCAGUAGAAGAUUGGUUCCGCGUUCGAAUGCUUCAAUAUUCAAUAGAAUGUAUUGAUAAAUUGAUGUGUUUUGCGAUACGCGGUUCAGUUUUGGAAAUUGCGGAAAAUUUAGCUUUGAAUUCCCGACAAUUUUUUCUUGUAAAUGAAAGUAGUUGUACAGAUUGGUUUACUCGUACAACACUUCCACUUAUGGGUGUCGCGUUUUCUAACGGAAAUUUUUCUCAAAUUGUACGUCUUGCUGUACCGAUUUUUAAUGAAGUUGAAAAGAAAUAUUCUUUAUCUGGCUCUCGAGUUCGAUUAGACUCUUCAACUGCUUUUGUCAUUUGUUGGCUUAUUCGUUCUUUUGUUGAGUUGGGUUGUCCUCAGGCAAUAUACGGAGUUAAACGUUUUGCGGAAAAAAUGUUUUUAUCAGAUGAACUGUCUUUUGAAUGGUGUAAAUCGGCUGCUUUAAUGGCUGAGGCGAGAAUUGAAGAAGCAUUAGAAGGCUUUUCGGCUUUUCAUAAAUUACAAAUAAGUCAAAAAGAAAAUAAAAAAGAUGAUAAUGACGAAUCUAAAAUUGGCAUAAAAAGUCAAGUACAUAUACUUCGGGCCGUUGAGGAAAUGGCAUUAAGAGCUGCUUCAAUUUUGCGAAUGCCAAAAAUUUCUAAAAGGUUGUUUGUGAUAAUAUUUGCUUUUUUAUAUUUGAAUUUUUUAAGAAUUUUUGAUGCGUUUACUUGUCAACCCAGUUUAGCUAUUAUUGAAGAUGAUAAGGCAACAAAAUUACAAAAACAAUUUUAUGACGUACAAUGGAAGCGUUUGGUUGCUCUCUCAUCAUGGGAUCAACUUGACCAGACCAGCAUUGGUGAAAAUCAUAAUCUUCAAAAACACAAAUUCCUUGCGUGGGAGAAUCGUGGUCGUUUAAUCGACGCAGAGAUUGAGGCCCUUCGUCUUUUUAAAUUACGAAAGAUGCGAAUGUGUGGAGAUUUGUAUGAAGAUGAUGGGACUAAUAUAAGUGACAAUCUCUUUGCAUUACAAGAUGAUUUAAGUGAUUCUGCUCACUUUAUUCUUCUUUCCGGUACUGAACACACCGAUGGUUUAGAACAUUCACGUUACGCUCUUUUACAUGCUAUCUGCACUGGUAUUCAACAUUUACAGAAAGGUGGUGGGCAACAAUUUGUUUAUUCAAAUAGGCAAUCAAUGCGUAGUCCAAGUAAACAACAACAAAGCCAGAAUGGGGGAAUACCGUUUUUAUUGGAAUUUGAUUUUGCUGAAUUUUUACGUGAAUGGAAAUCAGAAACGUUUCAUCGACUAGAACUAGGUCAGAUGUAUUGUAGUUGGAUGGAACGUUUGUAUGGUGGUCAACAAAAAGAGCACAGCUAUUUACUUCGAAAAAUGCAUCGAGAUAUGGCACAACUUGCAAUAGAAUCAGGCAAUUCUCAACUUGCUGCAAUGCAUUCGUGGAUGACAACUUCUACUUCUCCAUCACCGCAGCAACAAUAUAUUAAUGAUUUUGAUCCUAUUAUUGCUAAUGGUGUUAAUUCGAGUAUUAAUUUUGCUGCUAUGGUGCCUCAAAUGCUGCAACAACAAACAUUUACUCCUGCUAUGUUUUCACCAGGACUUGAUCAACAGCAGCAUUACUUUGCGCCUCAGAUUGUUCCAAUGAUUCAACAACAACCAUUUGACAAUAAAACGUUUUCGACUAUUCCUCCAAAUACAAACCAAGUACUUUUAUCAGAAGAAUUUGAUGGGGAUUCUGUUAGAUUAUUGCCUACUGAAGUUUCCAUCCUUCAACAAUUUGGAAUUGAUACUUCCUCUGUUAAUGGACAUCGAUUUGAGCAAUUGCUUGGUGAGCAACCGUUAUUUGAGGAAUUCUGUAAAGAAGUCCGACGAGAAUUUUUCUCUUCUAAUAAAGAAAAUGACGUCUCCUCUUUGGAAAUAUUUUUAUGCCAACUUGAACAAUCUGCUUUCAAAGAUUUUUGGCUUUCAGUAAAACAUCGUCAAUAUCGUUUAUUUGAAUUGGCACUUCAUUCACAUUUACUUUUCCUUGAAAAUCUCUUUCCUGGAAAGAGUCAUGUUCAGACAAUGGAAGUACUUUUACGUUUUCUUAAAAUGCUUACUAAACAACCAGAAUGGUUUGUAAGAAUAAUGAAUAUUUCUGGUGGUGGUGAAAUGAAUUUUUGGAUGGAAAGAAUUGCUGUAGAUGUUUGGACAGGUUUUUAA